GCUCGAGGAGAUUCCGAAGGAGUGUGUUCAACUCGCCAGCACUGCUCAAGAUGGCGCCUUGGGAGGAUUUCGAUUCCAUCUUUCAGUUCAAUAAGGACUUCAGCUACGAUGGCAAGCUCAUUGAACAGAUCAUCUCAAAUCGCCGCGCCUUAGAGGACCGGCUUUUUGCAGACAGACUCUUGGGAUUGCUCGGCGUCAAAGCAGUCACGCGGCUCUACCCUCCUCGGUCGAACACUGACCUGCGCACACUGAUCGGACACAUCGUAUCCUCUCCACUCGACAUCCAUCACAAGCAAUCGUUGAUAUACUACAUCCUCAAAGACUGCCGCGGCGCCAGCAACGAUGCGGCUACGCAAUUCUCCCGCCGGUGUCACCUACCGGAGAAGUAUAGGCUGUUCAUAGACGGUCUCUGGAACCUUGACAGAUUGGAGUUCAAGCGAGCUGUCGAAUACCUGACUGAGCCUUCCAUCAUCCCCACAUUUCCCGACGAAAUCCUCUACGCUUUAACCCUUCCAACCCUCCCCAGACACGACGACAGCCUUGUCAUGGCAUACUACCUUACCGUGGCCCCGCCAUUGGCUACCGAGAAGGUUCAGCGGGCCUUCUUCCAGACCAUGUGCCGCGCAAGCGUAACCGAGGCCUUCUACUUCACGCGCAAGCAUGAUGAAGAGCUCCGUCAGAGCUACCUGGAGAAGCUCAUUGAAUUUGUCCUGACGAGCGAGGCCGGCCCCGCGCGAAGUGCGAGGGCUAUGGAACUGAUCGGUCUCCCGUUCGAUGAGCAGGAGGAAGAAUGGUUCGAGGAGUCUCUGCUCCGGGGCAAUGCUCGGGGGCUUCAUGGUCAUAAAGAUACGGUCAUGAUGCGACGCUUAGCGACAGGGAAGUUGAAUGGUCUGUCUACCGACCUUGAGUCGCUAGGUGGGGAAAAGGUCGAUGGAUUGAACUGGGACGUUCUGCGCCAAAGCCUGGCCCAUUCGAAACUCGUAUCGUCGACCAACGGCGCUAACCAACGGUCCUGAGGCACAGCGUCGGUGCUGGCCACAAUUUGUCUCGAAGCCAACUUGAUGGGAUUUUGCUCGGAGCAUAGGAGUUCACCUGGGGACUAAUGUAAUUUUAUGAUGCAUUGGCAUAACGAUUAGAGGACAUAGUUGCUGUUGUUCCUUCUAUGAUCUACUUACUGUGCAUAGACAACAGGCGUGGUAAUGACUACUAUGAACUUCGACACU